CGACGUGGAGAAAAUCUUAGGCAGGGCCCCAGCCCACUGCAGGACAGAAGUAGGUUAUCAGCAGGGUCUGGAGAAACCCCCACAGCCGACAGAGAAAAUCUACCUGGGGUUUUCAGACCCUGAAAUAGAAGAGCUGGAGAUGAGGACCAGACAGCAGAAACCUGGCUCUCCAGGUCCUGAGAACACUGGGCUCUUCCAGAACGGGCAGGAUGCGUUAAAAAGCAGGAGUCAGGCCUCUGUCCACUCGAAGCCUUUGGAAAGUCUCAAGGGCCCGCAGCUGAAAGGGGAGCAGCACAGCCACAACAUGGCCAAGCGGGGCUCCACUGGCCCUGGGGGGGACAAGGGCCAGAGCCCCACCCCCUCACCAUCCCCUGAGGUGGACCCCAUGCUGCUCGCCAGAAAGAGCAAACCAUUCUUGUUAGACAGCAGCCCAGCUGAAGACCAGAGCUGGCAGGAUGUUUCUGGGGAAGGUGGGAGUGUGGGCAGGAGCAGGAGCAAGAGAGAGCCCCUGGGACUGUGGCUGGGACAAGUCUCCAAGCUUGUCCACAAGGACAGCCCCAUGGGUGGCUGGAAAACAGAACCUGAUGGCCCUGAGGCUCCAGGGGAGGCAGCUGGAGGUCCACCUCAGGGGCUCUUGCUAACAUCCCCGGAUGCCCUGGCCUCAGAACCAGCCCCGAGCACCCCUACAGGAAGCGCCCCUGUGGGGUCUCAUAUCAGGGAGGGGCGACCACCCUCAGGUUCUCCAGAGCCCCCCGAAGAAGACAGGAAGCCCGGUGGGUUUGGGCCUGGCUUGGAGAGCAGUCGCAGUAGCAGUGUGGCCUCUCAGCUGGGCUCCGAGGUCCUGGGGGAGAUGACCAACUUCCCGUGGGACCUGCAGGGCUUGUGGGGAUCUGAGUGCAGCGUGGGUCACUCUGGCCCUGGACCCCGAGAGCAGUACCCCGGCCCCUCCCUGGGGCCCCGCUCGUCCCACCUGCAGAGCUCCGCUGAGAAGCAGUUGGAGAGCGAAGACUACUCUGAGGACCAGAGGUUCUACCAGCACAUCCUGCAGAUGGUUAAGAUCUCCAAGCGGCUGGAGGGCCUGGGGCAGCCCGAGAGUGCGCAGGAGAUGCCCUGCAAAGACGUUGCCAGCAUGGUCUGUUGCCUGGCAGCCGAGUCUUCCAGGAUGUCUAGCGAGGGUGAGCACGAGGCCCUGGGAGCCAUGGACUCCAGGUUUCUGCCUUGGGGGCCAGAGCUGCCGGAGUGUCCUCUGGAUGUGGACGUUGCCCCAGCUGGGCAGGCGACCUCUCAGCAAGCCUGUUUCCAGCCGAGCAGCAGCCCUCUCAGGCAGGGGCUGCUCAAGAUGAGUUCCAGCAGAGCCAGUCAAGAUGCAGAGCCAGGCAAGAUGCAACUUGUUGACCAGGCCCCGGGCUCCUUGUUAGCCCCUGUCCACGUUCCCCUUGGGGGCCUGGCCCCGUUACGAGGCCUGGUCGAUGCCCCGCCCUCUGCUCUGCGUGGAUCUCAAAGUGUGAGCCUGGGGAACUCGGUGGAGUCCAGUCAGCUUGGAGAACUCUUGCGGCCGUCACAGGGUCUCAAGGCUUCUGCUCUUGAGAGAAAUGGUCUCUUGGGCUCGAUCCAUGAGGACAAGAAUGCUCUCGGCCUCUUGGCUUUAGGGGAGGAGACCAACGAGGAGGAUGAGGCGGAGAGUGACAACCAGAGUGUCCGCAGCUCAAGUGAGCUUCUUAAGAACCUGCACCUGGACAUCAGGGCACUGGGGGGUGACUUUGAGUGUGAGGAAUCUCCAAGAACAAGCCAGCCAGAGGAGAAAAAGGACGUUUCUCUUGAUUCAGAUGCUGCCGGCCCCCCGACUCCUGGCAAGGUCUUUAGCCAAGGUGCAGACGACAGCCUGAGCAGUGCUGAUGGCAAAGGGCGACGUGGAAGAGGGGCACGUUGGCUCCCAGAAAAAGAAAAGAAUGAGAAGGAUGAUCCUGGGAUGUCCAGGGAUGUGGCGGACCUGGGGGUGGACCCUGGCGGUGAUCGGCCUGCCGGAGCCAGCAAAAAGGAGGCACCAGAGGACCUGGUGGAGGCAGGAGAGAAGGGCUCUAGGAAGGAGGAGGCAGCAAAGGGGCCAGAGAAGAAGGCUUCUGUCCCGAAAGAGAGCAGAUCAGAUGUGACUGAAGAGUCGGAGAUUAGUGAACACAUGAAGGAACUGAAGCUCUCAGACUCCACUGCUUCUGACCCCAAGUCCUUCCGUGGCCUGGACUUUGGUUUCCGCAGCCGGAUCUCAGAGCACCUGCUGGAUGUGGAUGUGCUCUCCUCGGUCCUGGAUGGAGCCCGCUGGGAGGCGCAGAGGUUGGGAAGAGGAGACAAGGAUGCCAGCCAGUCCAGCCAAGAGGAGCUGCAGAGCAAGCAGUCCAGAGGCUCAGAGAGGUUAUCUCCUCCUCUUCUGUGCGGGGAGCGGCUCCAGAGCCCCCUUCUUAGCCAGGCCACUGACGAAGGGCCUCUACAGGCCCCAAAGGGGCAGCCCGAGCGGAAGGGGGCAGAGGAGCCUGGGGAGGGCUCUGCGGGCAGCCCCACCCCGCCUGUUUCCCGGCCGAGGGAGGAGAUCCUAAGCCCACCUGUCGCCCAUGAGAGGGGUGAGGAGCAGCGCUCCCAGGCCGAGGGGCCGGGCCCUGGGCAGGAAGAGGCCAAGGAGCCCGAGGAGAAGGUGGUGGUCAGCCCCACCCCGCCAGUGUCUCCAGAGGUAGAGAAGAGGGCAUGCCACGCUACGCAGGGCCACAUGGGGAAGGACUGGGAUUGGUCAGGAGGCGGAGGAGACGAGAAGGAAGAGCAUGACCCCGAGGCUUUAUUGGGGUUUUCUUGGGAAGCAGUGGGCAAGGCAGGGCGAUCUGCAGCCCCCCUGGAGCAGCACCCCAAGGUCUCCCUGAAGGCCAUGGAAGAGGCAGUGGCCCAGGAACUCGAGCAAGAUCAGAGGCAGCUCCUGGAGUCAAAGCAAGAGAAGAUGCUGCAGCUGCGGGAGAAGCUAUGGCAGGAGGAGGAGGAGGAGGCCCUCCAGCUUCGCCAGCAGAAAGAGAAGGCACUCAGUUCCCUGAAGGAGCAGCUGCAGAGGGCCACUGAGGAAGAGGAGACGCGCAUGAGAGAGCAGCAAAGCCAGAAGCUGUCCCAGCUCCGGGCCCAAGUGCAGUCCAGUGCAGAAGCCGAUGAGGACAAAAUUAGGGCCGAGCACGAGGCUUCCCUGAAGAGGCUGAGAGAAGAGUUGGAGUCUCUACAGAAAGCAGAGAGGGCCAGCUUGGAGCAGAGAAACAGGCAGACGCUGGAGAAGCUCAGGGAGGAGCUGGAGGCUUCAGAAAAGAGAGAACAGGCCGCCCUGAAUGCGGAGAAGGAGCGGGCCUUGCGGCAGCUGAGACAGCAACUGGAAGGGGAGAGGAAAGAAGCGUUGGCGGCGCUGGAGAGGGAGCACAGGGAGGAGCUGGAGCGGCUCUCCGCCUCGCUGGAGGCCAAGCACGGAGAGGUGGUCUCCAGCCUCCAGAAGAAGAUGGAGGAAGCUCAGCAGAAAGAGAAGGCCCAGCUGCAGGAGAGCUGGGGCCGGGCAGAGCAGAGAGCUCAUCGGAAGGCUCACCAGGUGCUUGAGUAUGAGCAAGAGCUCAGUGACCUCCUGAGAGAGAAACGCCAGAAGGUGGAGAAGGAGCAUGAGAGGAGGAUGGACAAGAUGAAGGAGGAGCACCAGCAAGUGGUGGCUGAGGCCAGAGAGCAGUACGAAGCUGAGGAGAGGAAGCAGCGGGCUGAACUCCUGGGGCACCUGACAGGAGAGCUGGAGCGCCUGCGCAGGGCCCAUGAGCGGGAGCUGGAGAUAGUGCGCCAGGAGCAGGACCGGCAGCUCGAGGACCUGCGGCGAAGGCACCGGGAACAGGAAAGGAAACUCCAAGAUUUAGAGGUGGAACUUGAAACCAGAACCAAGGAUGUCAAGGCCAGAUUGGCUCAGCUGGAUGUUCAGGAGGCAUCUGCCCGAAAGGAGAAGCAGCAGCUCCUCGAUGUGCAGAGGCAGGUUGCACUGGAGAGUGAGGAAGCCACAGCCACCCAUCAGCACCUGGAGGAGGCAAAGAGGGAACACACCCAUCUGUUCGAGUCAAACCGGCAGCUCCGAAAAAUUCUCGAUGAGCUUCAGGCCCGCAAGUUGGACCUGGAGUCCCAGGUGGAUCGGCUGCAGAAGCACGUCAGCGACCUGGAGGCCAAAGUUCAGAGGAAGCAGGACUUGUUGAAGGAGCUGGCCUUAGAGGAGAGUAAUGCUUCCCCACAGUUGGAGCCCGACCUCCGCAUUGAGGACCUGAGGAAAUCCCUUGGGCCGAACCAGACUAAAGCGUUAUCCUUUUCCUUCUGCCAGAGCAAGGAGACCGGCUUGUCCUUGGACAGCUUCCAGCACUACCUCUCUGCCGAGGGGCUGGCCCUCCGCAGCGCCAAGGAGUUCCUGGUGCGGCAGACGCGCUCCAUGCGGAGGCGGCAGACGGCUCUGAAGGCCGCACAGCAGCACUGGCACCAUGAGCUGGCCAGCGCUCAGGAGGCAGCCAAAGACCCGGCAGGCACCAUGGCCCUGGAGGAGGAGACCAGGCACCUGGAUGAGAUGAGGUCGGCCGUGCGGAAGGGCCAUGACCUGCUGAAGAAGAAGGAGGAGAAGCUGCAUCAGCUGGAGUCGUCUCUCCGGGAGGAGGCUGCAGAUGAGGACACGCUGAGAGGAACCCCGGCCAAGAAAGUGGUAACCUUUGACCUCAGCGACCUGGAAGACGGGAGCAGUGAGAGUUCCGAAUCUUGCUCCCUGCCUGGCCCCGGCCUGACCCCGCGUCCCACCCUCCCUAACAAGAUCCACUACCUGAGCAGCUCCCUGCAGCAGAUCAGCAGCCAGCUCAAUGGUGUCCUCAGUGUGCUGGGCAGCCUCGACCCCGAGUCGCCACUGCCUGUGCCACUCUCAGCCCAGGCCUCCAGGGGCACCUCCGUCCCCUCCUCCCCCUCCCUGGCCCGGGUCUCAGCCUCGCCCCUGGCUCCACCCACGCCCACCCAAUGGGCCUGGGACCCGGGGCUGGGCCCCAGGCUCUCCUGCUCUGUGGCUCAGUCUGUGGACGACUUCUUGGUGGAGAAGUGGCGCAAGUAUUUUCCGACUGGCAUCCCGUCCCUCAGCACUGGCCCCGCCCACCUGGAGAACAGGCUGGGGUAUGUGUCUGCCAGUGAGCAGCUCCGCCUCCUGCAGCGCCCCCACUCCCAAGUCCCCAACCUGGGCAGCACCAACUUCCAGGACAUGCUUGAGGCUAACCGAAAGUGGCUAGAACAUUACAAGGAAGACCCCAAGUUCCAGACAUCUCUUCUCCUCAGUGCCCAGGCCGACAGCUGGUUCCAGCCUCCUGCAGCUGGGCCUGGAUGAGAACAGACUGAAGGUGUAUCGCUACUGAGGCCCUGUGCUGCCGGCAGGCAGCCUGGCCUCUCCUGCACCCAAACCACGUGCCCGAGGCACUGCCUGCACUUUACUCCCUCUGAAAAGCAUCCUCCUGUCCCCCCCUUUGCUGCUCAUCUCACUCUGAAUGUAGAGGAACGACAGGGGCCCGGGGAAAAGGGAUGGCAUGACUGGAAUCAGCUGCCCCCAAGACCAUGUAGCAUAGCUCAGGCUGCCCCGGGGACUUUGUGAACUCCUGGCAACUCGGACCUGCGGUGGGGGGGACAGGGCGCCUUUAGGAGGCAGCGGCAGUGGCACGGAGGAGCUGCCUACUGAGGCCAGGGGACUCCCUCGGAAGCAGAGUUGGGCUCUUGGACUUGCAGGGCCUGCUCAGGACUCUCAAGGUCUAGUGGGACCUUGGGUGUGGUCCUUAAUUCGCCAGAACAGAGGCCCCCAGCUGGAGGACCAGGCCCUGUCUUUUCAAUACCUCAGCAUUUUUCUUUUUCUAAUGUCCCCUUCCUUGAGCGCUCUGUCUCUCCUAUCUCAGGAUUGGGCCCAGAGUUCUGCGGGAGGUUGCUGGAGGCAGGCCAGGAAGUCUUGCCACCUGUCUGCUGGCCCUGGGCUGUCCUCAGGGGCACUCCCUCCCCUGCUAUAUUCUCAGGGCUCGAGUACCCAACUCUCAGGAAGCCAACAAGCCGUAGGAAGACUGGGACAGCCUCUGGUUCCCUUCUUGGCCCACCUUGGGGGUGUUCUUGGGUUGUUUCCAUGGAUCUUUGCUACCCCCACCCCAUCCCCCUGCCACCCCUUCUUGGAACCUGUUCUGAAGGAGGUGAGGGACUGGGCCUGGCUUGGCGGGACGGGAUCUUGUGCCAGUUGGAGCCAUUCUGGCACAGCACCCUGCCGCCCCACUUCCCAUCACCAGGCUCCUGAGGAGACUUGCAGGGGAUGUCCAAUAUCUAUCCCGUUGUUUAAAUAAAAUGCCCCCAUUUUUCUUGUCUUGAAAGCUGUGGGCUUGCCCCUGCCUCUUCAGUGCAUAGAAGCCACCUCUCCAGAAGCCCUUGUUUCUUUGCCAUGGAUCCAGUUGGCUUGUUUACCCCUCAGAUACUUUUUUGAUAUCAGUCCACCACAUAGAAGGUCCGUUUUGUUAUUUGGUUCAUCCUAAUGUGUUACAACCGACUCCGGUGACAAUCCUGUGUUUUCUACAUCAAUUAAAUCUCUGCAGGUCCAUUUGCUACAA